AUGAGAGAUAUGGACGUUGCAGACGCGAGAAGUUUACUUGUGGUGGAAGAACAGGCGAACGUGGAGGAGUUUGAGGAGAACGAGAUAACGCGCCGCAACCAGCAAGACUCGCCUCUCCUGCGCCUGCCCACCGAAGUACGCGAGCGCAUUUGGGCAUUCGCUUUUGGCUGCCGAACCAUUCAUGUAGAAGUAGCUGGUGAAUUUGUCUACGAAAGAGGAACGCGUCGCCGCGUGUUUGGCGCACCACGCAUCGCUUUCUACCCUUGCCACGAGUACCUCUCUGAGCACGCCAUGUACGAGCUCAGUCUCCGCGGCGCCAGCCUCGACAAUCCUGGGCUCUACGCCGCAGAAGAGCUCUACAACCGCGCCUGGAAAGAAAAAGGCGUCUGGCAAACCUUUGGCCGUGCAGGGAUGCAUGAUGCCUGCAUCGCAUGGUGCCAGCCUCGCCCUGUCCCCGAACCCUUCGGCCCACCGCCCAUAUGCAAGCAAAUCCGCACCGAAGCCACGCGCCCCGCCUGGCGCACCACAAGCUUCGCGUUCACUGAUGAAGACUCGUUCGGCUGGUUCGCGAGACUCGUGCCCGAAGCGAAUCGCCGCCUCGUAACCCAGCUCACCAUCCGCGACAAAGGCUUCCGCUAUGCGGACCAGUGGAGGCGCUGGCACGCCUCCUUCACGCCCGCGACCCUCGCUGCCCUGCCCUCCCUGCAGGGCAUCCACCUCAUCCUCAACGAGUCGGUGUGGUACCGCAGCCGCGGCCUGCCGCCGUCCCUCCGCCCAGACCCUUCCUCCCUAGAUAUCAUGCACACCUUCCCCGAUGCACAUGCUCACAUCGUGGGACUCGCACGCCUCCUCCGAAAGCGCAAUCUCCGUCCUGAGCGCACCACCGUGUUUCUACCGCAGUCAUUUUUGUACCGCCCGCGCGAGGUGGACAGGGAGGAGGCGAGUACCUUUAUCCCCGGAACGAAGAAUUAUGUGCCUCGGGAUGAUCCGCACGCGAGGUGGCUGUGUAAGCCGUGGCGGUGGCACUUGGACGCGGGAGAGAUGGUGCAGAUUGCGCGGGGGGUCAGGGAGGUGUUGUUGGGGGGUGGGGAGGCCGGGGACGAGAUGGUAGAGGAGGAGUGGGGUGUGAGGGUGAGGAUGCCAGUGUUCACGGGGGAUAACAUGGCUAUGUUUGGGAGGUAUUGA